GUAAGACCAGAAGAAUCAACAGGAACAAUAUCUUUUCAUCACUGUGUUGCUCUUUUUGCAAGAAAAAUGGCGGUAUAGGUUGUACCUGUAGGUGAAACCAAGUGUCUCCACCCACCUUCAAACUAUAUUUAUACAGUGUUUUGCCAGAGAAAGCUCACUGAUUGUGUUCAUGAUGACCAUCAUCUCUCUGCUCCUGCUGGCCUCUCUGCUGUCACACCUGAACUUCACUGUGGGUAUAGUGAAUGGCUGGGAAGCAAAACCCCACUCCAGACCUUACAUGGUUUCUAUUCAAUCGAAUGGGAUACAUGUCUGUGGUGGAUCCCUCAUUUCUGAUCAGUGGGUCUUGACUGCUGCACAUUGUUGGAACAGAAAUGAGAAUCUGACAGUUGUGGUUGGUGCUCAUGACUUAAAGAAAAUUAAGAAUUCAGAUCAUAUUGGAGUGAAGUCCUACAUCCAACAUCCAAGCUAUAGUGGUUUUUAUAUUUCCAAUAACAUCAUGCUUUUGAAGUUACAGGAAAAAGUCAACAUUAACAACAACUAUGUUAAAUCGAUUUCAUUACCAAAGAAUGGAGAAGAUGUUAAGACAAACACUUUCUGUAGUGUUGCGGGCUGGGGACAACUGGAGAUUGAAGGCCCAAAGAGCGAUCGUCUAAUGGAGGCAAACGUGUGUAUAAUGAAUGAAAGUGAAUGUCACAAGAGGUGGGGAAUGGAGUUCUCACAAACACAGAUGAUGUGCGCACAUGGCCAUGGUGGAUCCUGCCGUUAUGAUUCUGGAGGUCCUUUGGUUUGUGGAGACACUGCAAUUGGUGUCACAGCUUUUGGAGAUAGCUCACUCUGCAAUUCACCCAAGAAACCCAAUGUGUAUAUUAAGAUUUCAGAAUAUAUUCCAUGGAUAAACAUCAAAAUUAGAUAAGUUCUUGGAUUUUUCUGCAUGACCUCUUUCAAUCAAAGUAUCACUUUGCAAUCGUAAAUCAUGAAGUGUCUUCAUUGUCACACACACACACACAAACACACAAUAUUUUGUGGAGGUUGCAGUGUCACUGUCAUUGAUUGGAUGAAUGCAGCAUGCGAUCAGUUUAUAUUAGUUUAUAUUUGUGUUUGGUCUUGUUCUGUAUCGCGUAUCUUGUCAGUGUCUGCACUUGCUUGGGCAUUUGUUGUGGAGAAAAAUAAGGAAAGUGUGUUUU